AUGGAGUUUAUGACAGCCCUGGCAGACCUCCAAACAGGGGCUAGCUGUCCCAUCUGUCUAGACUACUUGAAAGAGCCAGUGACCAUCAACUGUGGGCACAACUUCUGUCUCUCCUGCAUCAGUAUGUUCUGGAAGGAUCUAAAUGGUACUUUCCCCUGCCCCUUUUGCCGUUACUGCUCUCCAGAAAGGAAAUUCACAAACAAUCCCCAAUUGGGCAAUUUGAUUGAAAUUGCUAAACUACUACGGGUAAGAAGAAGCAAGAGGAAGAGGAAGGAAGAGAAGCUUAUAUGUGAAAAACAUAAUCAGGUUUUGACAUUUUUCUGUCAGAAGGACCUAGAAGUUUUAUGUCCACAGUGUAGUUUCUCCACUGAUCACCGGAGUCACUAUAUUUGGCCCAUAGAGAAGGCUGCUCCUUAUCAUAGGAAAAGAUUGCAGAAUUGCAUUGAACCAUGGAAGGAGAGAGUAGAACAAGUUGAAAAGGUGAUAACUAUGCAAAGCAGAAAAUCAUUGGAACUGAAGAAGAAGGUACAGUGUAGGAGAGAAGAAAUAAAGUCUGAAUUUGAACAAAUUUUGUUGUUUCUCAAAAAUGAGCAAGAGAUGGUUCUUCAGCAAUUACAAGAUGAAGAAAUGGAUAUUUUAACAAAACUAAAUGAAAACCUAACAACAUUUUCAAGUCAUCUUUCCACAUUAAAACAUUUAUCAAAGGAGAUAGAGGGUAAAUCUACUAAAUCAGAGCUGGAAUUACUGACAGAUGUUAAAAGUAUCUACCAUAGGUAUAAAACCUUAAAGGCCCCUGAGCCUUUUUCAUUCCAAUUAAAGGAAUAUGGUUACCAUCUUGCUCCACAAUAUUCUGGCCUAAAUAAAAUUAUCAACAGAUUUCAGGUGGAUCUAAUUCUCGAUCCUGAAACAGCACAUCGUAAGCUUAUUGUCUCAGAAGAUAGAAAAACUGUCCAAUAUGGAAAUAAAAGACAUAACUUACCUCAUAACCCAAGGAGGUUCUAUCUCUGUCCAGCUGUUCUGGGUUCUAGGGGUUAUGAUUCUGGCAGGCAGUAUUGGGAGGUGAAAGUGAAAGAUAAGCCUGAAUGGAUCGUGGGUGUCUGUAAAGACUCUCUUCCCAGAAGGAGAAAGAAGCAACCAAUUCUAGCACAGGAUGGAUUAUGGGGUGUUGGACGAUGUAGUCAGAGUAAUUAUAUUGCAUUGGGUCCUAAAAAAAUCAAUCUUCUGCCAAAAGUAAUACCUAGAAAAAUCGGCAUUUUUUUAGACUGUGAAUUGUGUGAGAUUUCUUUUUAUAAUUUGAGUGAUAGAUCCCUUCUCUAUAUUUUUAACUAUUAUUUUACAGAAACACUUUGGCCUUAUUUCUACACUGGAACUGACUCAAAGCCUCUUAAAAUCUGUACAGUGACAGAUUCUGAAUGA